AUGUCAUUUAAAUACGACAAACUACCAAACAAUGAUCUUUUCCGCAUCUUUGAACUCAAGCCUGGAAAGGAUGUCGAUCCCCUUCAUGGCAACCUUCGAACAUUUCCGCGAAAGGAGGCUCCUGCCUAUGAAGCUCUUAGCUACAUGUGGGGCUCUCCUGAUCGGGUAAGUGUCAUGAAAGAUAUUUACUCUGGAUCUAAGCUCGUUACUGCAUGGCUUGGUCAGGCAGACCCGGGAGAGGCAGCCGAUACACAGACAAUAAUCUCAGCACUUGCAGCUAUCGAAUUCCAGCAGUUUUGCUUCCUGCCUCAUUUUCCAGAGAACAAACGCUUACUGGAACUUGGGCUUCCUACUAGAGAGUCACCAGCUUGGGGCGCUUUAAACUCCAUGUUACACGCCCCUUAUUUCUCAAGGAUUUGGAUCAUACAAGAACUUGCAGUUGCGCCUACUUAUAAUCUCCUGUGGGGAGAUUGUUUUAUACCAAAGGUCGACUUUGAGGCUUUUCAAAUAUCCGUGGCCCGUCUUGGAAUGAUAUACCCAGAUCCAGGUUGUCUAUACGUAAGAAUGGGAGGACCGUCAGCGGGUAUUUGCCCCACCAUUGAGUGGACUGUUCCCAUGUGGUUCUUGGGUCAAUACUGGAAAGGCGAAGACCUACUGGAGCUUGUUUCCAAAACGAAAGCUUCCCAAGCGACUGACCCGGCCGAUAAGAUUUUUGCUUUAAUUGGACUCGCAGGCGAGAAAACAUUUGGUAUUAUCCCAGACUACACCAAGACUAAAUCAGAAGUUUUCACAGAAUUUGCUUUGAAGGCUAUUUCAGAAACAAGAAACCUCAAAAUUCUGAACUACUGCGAAGUAGAAGAUCCAACUGUCCAAGAUCGGCUUCCUCUGUGGGCACCGAGGUGGCAUCAUGAGGUUACGGGCCAUUAUUUCGAUAUGACCGGCGGCGACUUUAAAUCGUCAAAUGACAUGGAGAUCUCACUUCACGCAUCGACUAACGCAAAGGUCUUGCAGUUGAAAGGUUUGCAUAUCGACAAAGUCAAAGAUACACACAGCCGCCCGACCAUGCAGGUGAACAUAGAUUUCAUGGCUAUGAGUCGGAUGAUCAUGGAUCAUGAAAGCCUUCUGAAAGUUCAAUACGGGCCGUACAUCAUCAGGCCAAUUGCUUUAACAAUGUUGAACGGCCGAGUCGAGGCUAAUCAUCUUCAAAGCCGUUUGGGCCUCCCCGAGCAUGAUUCUUAUCUCCAGUUGUUUACAGAGCACGCACUGCAAUCAUUGGUAUCAUCUUUUUACUAUAAAAACGAUGGCUACGACAGAGAUCGGAGAGCAACGAUCCAGCUGAUCAAAUUGGCAAUGGAUUAUAGGCCGCCAUGA